CGUGAGUGUAUCUUGGUGCACUUUGGUCAGGCUGGUGUCCAGAUUGGCAACACUUGCUGGGAGCUUUACUACCUGGAACAUGGGAUCCAGCCAGAUGGACAGAUGACCUCUGACAAGACCAUUGGAGGAGGAGAUCCUUCUCAUGAGACCUUCUUCUGUGAAACUGGAGCUGGAAAAAAGGCCCCCAGAGCAGUUUUUGUGGACUUGGAGCCCACAAUCUUUGAUGAGGUGCGUAAUGGAAGGUACCGCCAGCUGUUUCACCCUGAACAGCUCAUCACAUGGCAAGAGGAUGCUGCCCACAACUACGCCCAUGGCCACUACACCAUCGGUAAAGAGAUCAUUGACCUGGUUGUUGACAGAAUUCGCAAACUGACUGAGCAGUGCACUGGUCUUCCGGGCUUCCUGGUUUUCCACAGCUUUGGUGGAGGUGCUGGCUCUGAUUUCACAUCCCUGCUGAUGGAGUGUCUUUCCGUGAACUAUGGCAAGAAGUCCAAGCUGGAGUUCUCAGUCUACCCUGGUCCUCAGAUAUCCACUGCCGUAGUGGAGCCCUACAACUCCAUUUUGACCACCCACGCCACCCUGGAGCACUCUGACUGUGCCUUCAUGGUUGACAAUGAGGCAAUUUACGAUAUUUGCCGCACUCACCUGGACAUUGGGCGUCCCACCUUCACCAACCUGAACAGGCUGCUCAGUCAGACUGUGUCCUCCAUCACUGCUUCUCAGCGUCUUGAUGGUGCCCUCAAUGUCGACCUGGCAGACUUCCAGGCCAACUUGGUGCCGUAUCCCCGUAUCCACUUCCUUCUGGCCACCUAUUCCCCUGUUGUCUCUGCUGAGAAGGCUUACUAUGAGCAGUUGACCAUAGCUGAGAUCACUGAUGCCUGCUUUCACCCAACCAAUCAGAUGGUGAGGUGUGACCCUCGCCAUGGCAAGUACAUGGCUUGCUGCCUCUUGUACCGCAGUGAUGUGGUGCCUAAAGAUGUCAACACUGCCAUUGCCUCUAUGAAAACCAAACACACCAUCCAGUUUGUUGACUGGUGUCGCACUGGUUUCAAGGUAGGCAUCAACUACCAGCCACCCACUGUAGUACCUGGUGGGGACCUGGCCAAGGUCCAGAUGGCUGUGUACAUGAGUAACACCACAGCUACUGCAGAGGCCUGGGCUCGGCUCAAUCACAAGUUCGAUCUGAUGUAUGCCAAGCCUGCCUUUGUGCACUGGUACGUAGGGGAGGGUAUGGAGGAUGGAGAGUUCUCAGAGGCCAGAGAAGACAUGGCAGCCCGGGAGAAGGAUUAUGAAGAGGUUGGUGCUGACAGCGUGGGGGAAGAAGAUGAGGGAGAGGAGUAG